UUUAUGACAAGUUGGAUGAAAAUGAUUCAGAGGCGUUGAUAUUUCCGGUUGCUUGGAAUCCAUCUGAAUUUCAGACUGAAGAGGAGAAAUAAUUCGAACAACUCUGCCAAACCUAAAACACAGCUCAGGUCCUCAGGUCCCCAAGUAUAAAUGUACCAUGGUCACAGAUCUCCUCACUUUCAUGAAGAAGUGCAAAUAUACUAUGGCUUUAAAAUUGUCCUACAGUGGAUCUCCUUCCUCCACGAGCCUUGUCUCGAUGGGGAUUCGAGGAGUGAGGGGCAGGAAUUCAAUCUGCCUGCUUGCGGACUUUCAGCCUGAUGCACGCUUUCUCAUUCUGGUAGCAGCUCAGUCUUUCCAAUUCCUCCCCUUUCUCCACAAUAUCUGGGUGCACAGGGCUGUGCAGCCCAGUCGUGGCCCGGCCCUCUGGCUCCGAUUCUGCAUGUAAAGUGGCUACUCUGGCCUGCUGCCUCGGCUAAGGACUGCUGAGGACCACCGGGCCCAUCUAGGGGUUGGGGCACCGUGCUCUCACCCACUGGUUGAACCUGUCACUCCAGUCGUUGCCCUCUCAUCACAAAUCCCCCUUCAUAGUGGCUUCUCGCUUCUUCCUCGAGGCCCCUAUAGGUCUGCCGGUCUUCGCGGGACGCUCGCAUCCCCAGCACUGGCUGUGCAGGAUUUCCAGAUCCCUGGCAUGGGUACAGCAGGCUGUGGGGCCAGGAGCCUGCGCCAGGCCCAAGAAUCCAGUCACACCCUCUGCCAGUGACCCACGCUGCCAUGUCGAUGAGGAGUCCAUGUGAAUGUGGGUGUUUCCUGGCCUCCCCAAUGGAGCCCAGGCAAAUACUCCUCUGCUGUCAGCUUUCCUCUGAACACAUCUAUGUACCUGUUCUCUUGGCUCCCCAUCUAUUGGGAUGGAAGGUGUGACGUUUUCACUUCUCAGGAAAUUUCUCUGCGUCAUAAUCUACUCCCUUCCAAAUAGUCAAAUCGAACACCUGACGGUCAGGCAGGACUUUGUAGAGGAGGGUAACGUGAUUAGGAGGAAACACUUAGAUGGUUAGGGCGGGUGAGUCAGAAAGGGACAGCUGGAGCCGGAGAGUCCUAGAGGAAGGUUGUAGGAAAGGUGGUUUCGAGUUACCAUGCUGGGCAGGGAUUUGGCAAACGGCACAGUUCAGCGUAGUGUUCAGGGAGCAGGCUUGGAACCCGCCCAUCUCCUGGCUUUGUGACCUUGAGCAAGUUACAUAACUUCUCCAGGGCUCAAUAUUCUUGUUUGCAAGGCGGGGAUCAUAAUGGUACUUACCUCAGUGGUUUGUUGUGUUAUAGGAAAUAAUGCCUAUGAAUGCACAUCAGGCACUGGGCACAGCCUAACACACGGCACGGCCACCAUAACCAAGGCUGUCACGAGACUCUCGAAUACUACUGCUCUGAGUACAAAGAGGGAAAGCCAGCCGUGAGUACCACCCGAAUGCAAGUCGUUACUCAUAUUAUGAUGUCAGGCAGGAGAGGCUGGAGAAAGUUGGAGGGUACAGCCUCGUCUCCACUCUGAGGCACGUGUGAAGUCUGAGUGGAUAUGGACAAGGAACAGGAAGUGGAAAGUGACAGAGCUGGAACCCCGGAAGUUCCGAACAUGAGUCCAGAGAAACAAGAAGCAGAUCAAGGUGAUGCUGAUGAAAGUCCAUUAUUACAGGGCCUGUCCAACCACGUGACUCCCCUGGUCCCAGAAUUCUUGGACACAGCACACAUCCAGGAGAAGGCCUCGGCUUCGGAGGCCGACAACAUACAACACAUGCCUGCAAAGCAAUCCAAAGGUCCACAGCUCAAGGUCAUAUUCCCACCGGCACAGGGCGGUAACAUCUUCAAUUUCUCAGCAAUGACCAUGCAACCCAAGCAGGCUGGCACCCCCAGUUUUUCAGCAAAAAUCAUCCCUCGUGAGCAGGGCAGUAUCCCCAAUUCUUUAGCAAAAAUGAUCCUGCCCAGGCAGGCUGAUACCCCCAAUUCUCCAGAAAAAAUGAUCCCGCUCAAGCAAGCUGGCAUCUCCAAUCCCUUAGCAAAACCCAUUCCACCCAAACAGGCUAACAUCCCAAGUUUCUCAGCAAAAUCCAUCUCACCCAAGCAGGUUGACACCCCCAGGUUUUCAGCAAAAAUCAUCCAACCCAAGCAUGGCAGUAUCCCCAGUUCUUCAGCAAAAAUGAUCCUGCCCCAGCAUGGCAAUGCCCUUAAUUUCCCAACCAAAAUCACCCCACCCAAACAGGCUGAUAUCCCCAAUUCCCCAGCAAAAACCACCCCACUCAAACAGGCUUGUACCCCCAAUUCCCCAGCAAAAACCAUCCCACCCAAGCAGACUGACACCCCACAUUUUUCAGGAAAAGUCAUUCUACCCAAGGAGAGUGAUACCCCCAAUCCCUCAGAAGAAAGGAUCCCACCCAAGCAGGCUGAUAGCUCCAAUUCUUCAGAAAAAAUUAUUGCACCCAAGCACGGUGACACCCCCAGUUCCUCAGAAAAAACCACCCUGCUGCAGGAGGAUGGAAUGUCUACUUCCUUAGAAAAAAACAUCCCACCCAAGCAGGAUAACAUCCCCAUGUCCCCAGCCAAAACCAUCCUGUCUAAGAAGGGCAAGAGUCCCAAGUUCUUAGCAAAAUCCAUUCUGCCCAAAGAGGCCAACACCCCUAAGUUCUCAGCAAAACCUUUCCUGUCUAAACAGAUCAACAGCCCCAAGCUAUUAGUGAAAUCUACCCUGUCCAAACACAUCCCCAUCCCCAAGUCCUCAGAAGAAAACAUCCUGCCCAGAGAGGGUGACACCAAGUGCUCAGAAGACAGCAUCCAGCCCAGAGAGGGUGACACCAAUUGCUCAGAAGACAGCAUCCAGCCUAAGGAAGGUGAUAUCCCCAAGUCCUCAAAAGAAGCCAUCCUGCCCAUAGAAGGAGACGUCCUGAAGGCAUCAGGGUCAAUGGAGCUUCUGGAAGUGGACUUGGUGAAGAUGAUCCUAAGCAAGGAGGACUUCGAGUUGGCGCUCAAGGAGGCUGGGGAGAGGCUGGUGGCCGUGGACUUCUCAGCCACGUGGUGUGGGCCCUGCAGGACCAUCAAGCCCCUUUUCCAUUCCUUGUCUGUCAAGUACGAGGACGUGGUGUUCCUGGAAGUGGAUGCUGAUGAGUGUGAUGAGCUGGUGAAGGACCUUGAGAUCAUGUGCAUCCCAACCUUUCAGUUUUAUAAGAAAGAAGAAAAGGUGGGCGAAUUUUGCGGCGCCGUUACAGAAAAACUCGAAGCGAUCAUUGCAGAGUUAAAGUAAUUGUGGAUUCUGAAAGCAUUGUAGACAGUCGGCUCGUGAUAGUUUGUGAUUGCUUUUUUAUUUACCAAAAAAGGUGAGGUGUAACAAAAGUGUAUGUCUGAAUGGCCCCCUGCUCAUAAAUUAUUAAGUAUUAACUCCACCUUUUUGAAAAGUGGUAAAGCACUGAAGCCUA